GUUGGGUCAUAAGGGUACCCAUUGGAAUUUCAAAAAUUUCAUUCAGCGGCUUCUGCUUCCAAAAGGGGGCCCUUUUGCCUGCUUCCGCUUUUCCUUCUAAAAAGCCACGGCUUCUUAGCAGGCUGUUAGGGCUUUGCUUCAUCAUUUUCGACGAUGAUGGCUCUCCGACUGAGAACCAACCACCACCGAACCCUCACAAACCCAUCAUCUCUCAUCCACCUCUUCUCCACUUCCUCCUCAGACCCAUCCGACUCAACAGACCCAACUGAACCCAAUCCCCAGUCCGACUCUUCCUCUCUCUCCAACUACUUCAGCGAUGUCAAAGCCAGCCUCAGGCAACAGCAACAACACAGGAGCAGCAGACCCACUUCUCAGAACAACAACAACCCUUCUCUCUCCCGCCCUUCCAAGACCGCCUCCUUGGACGAAAUCCGCAACAAGCUUGCGGAGUUUCGGCUUCGAUCCAUUGGGCCAAACCCCACUGCACCUCCACCUCCACCUCCACCUCCGAACCCCAUUUCGUUUGAGAAGCUCUAUAACAAAGACGUGAGCAGCCGCAAGAUGGAGUUUCAGACGAUUCGGGAGAGUCUGAAGCUUAUAAAGCCCAAUGCCGAUGAGCAGAAUGAGAGGAAGGGUGAGGGUUUGCCGAAGUUGAGGUUUCCGAAAAGUUUGGAUAUGAAUCCCAGCCAGGAUGCGGGUGUUAGGAAGGGACCACUUCCGAGUUCCUUUUACAAGGAGAAGGAGAGAAGCGGAGACAAGAGCUCGGAUGCAUUGAGGACCGAAUUUGUGAAGAUUUAUAGCUAUAAAGAGUUGGGGGAGAAGCUGAGCAAGUUGAGGCCAGAGGAGGGGAAGGAGUUUACAUUGGGGGAGUUGAGUGAGAGGUUGGUCAAGUUGAGGAUGAUGGAAGAGAAUGAGUCUGAGUCUCGGGUUGGGGGAGUGUAUGUGGACUUCAAGCACAGCUUGGAGAUCUUGAAGAUAUCUCAAGAAGAGGAGAAGAAUAGGAAAAAUUUGAGGCAGAGGCUUCGUAUCAUAGAUAUAGGUCAAACUCCUGAGUAUAUGAUGAAACCCCCAAAGGAAGGCUUGGUUGAGAAGUAUUUCCAUCCAGAUAACAUGUCUUCUGCAGAAAAGCUGAAAAUUGAGCUUGGCAAAGUUAGAGAUGAAUUUAAAAUGUCAGAGUCAGAUUGUGGUUCUGCACGAGUUCAAGUGGCACAACUCACAACUAAGAUCAAACAUCUAUCUUCAGUUUUACACAAAAAGGAUAAGCAUUCACUUAAGGGUCUUCAAGCAAUGGUGCAGAGGAGAAAGAAGCUAUUAAAGUAUCUUCGAAGAACUGACUGGGACUCUUACUGCCUUGUUCUCUCCAAACUUGGUCUCCGGGACACGCCAGAUGUCAAACAGGAGUACAAGAAACAUUACAAGAAUUAAAGCAUUUGAUUUUCUGUUUCUUCAAUAAUUACCUGUCUGGUUAACCAUACAUUCAUAAUUCUGGAAACAAAUUUGAAUUCUGAGCA